AUGGCAGACGAAUCACCAGCACAGCGAGCUGCCCGAGUGCGCCGCGAGCGCCGCGAGGCAAAGAUCAAGGAAGGAGGCUCAGCGCGCCUGGACAAAAUUACCAGUCUCAGUGGACGCACGCCACAAAUUGACCGCAAAGAAGCCUCCCCAUCCCCUCAACCUCAGCGUGCAAUUUCCGCAUCCCCUUCUCCAGGACCGCAAAACCCCCAGUUCCAACCUUCAUCUUCGCCCCAACCAGACAUGCAGUCACCAGAAGCGAUCCGCGCCCAACAGGAAGCGUUCUUCUCAAUGCUCCGACAAUCCGCACCGGAACAAGGCCAGGGCCUACAUCCCGAUCCGCAAGCGCCAAAUAACCUUCAGGCCCAACAAGAAGCAUUCCGCGCGAUGCUGAGACAAGCUGGGCAGGACCAAGGACAAGGCCAGCCGCCCAGUGACUCCGAAGACCCCACCAUCAAACUCCUGAGCUCUCUCAUGGGUGCUAUACCCGGCGGUGAUCCCAAUGCGCCACUAGGAGCAACCCCAGGCGCAGCCGGAAACCAAGCGGCACCCGGAUUCUCGCUCGCUGCUAUUGCGUCGAUGCUUGGCGUGCCGCCUUUCAUCGCUAAUAUGCUGGGUGGAGCGACGCCGCCAACAGAGGAGGAGAAGAAGCGCGCUCGGAUUUGGAAGACGAUGCACAUUGUGUUUGCUUUGUCGGUUGCUGUUUACCUGCUGUUCAUUAUUGGAUCUUCGGUCGCGUUGUUCGGUAGUCCACCGCCAAAGCCUGCGACGGCUCAGAAUCCCUUUGCGAUCUUUGUGACGGGAGAGUUGCUGUUGACUGGUAGUAAGGUGGUGCUCGGUGGGAAGUCUGGGGGCAUGGGAAUGGCGGUGCAGUUUUUCAAAGAUGUCGUGAGAGAUGGUAGCCUUCUGUUGUUUAUGUUGGGCAUGGGAACUUGGUACAAUCGCGAAUGGCAGACUACGGCAUAA